AGCGUUGUGCCAGUUGCGUAUUCUCAAUAGUAGUCCUGCGGUCGUAGCUGGUUCUUUGUUCCAAUGUCUGUAUCUUGAGCGCGUUUUUAGGCAUUGUGACGAUUGUGUGGUGACUGAUGUGGACGAGUCCGGUACCUGAGUCAUCUUUUUUUGCAUCGCGCCGUCUGCACCUCAGUUCACGAGCUCGUGCUCUUGUGUGUUGUUUUCCGCCCUUGAUACCGCCGGCCUGUGCAGCGCUGGAAGGAGGUACGAAAAUCGAAGCCGCACUAAAGGAGUUAUCCGCUUCCUUAUAUUCAAGAGUCCGGAACGCUCUCGCCCAGGAGAAGGAAGAACCGCUCGGUUCGUGAAGACAACCCAACGGUUUCUCUGACCGCCACUGGCUCAGCACAGGGUGCUGGUGAUUGAUCGGGAGCAUUUGGAAUAGUGGGCAUUGGCAUACUAGCCAUGGAGAACAAGUCGACUGCUAGUCAGUCUAUUACGGUGCGCUACAAUUCACCCGACUGCAUGAGGAUGAUGCUGGAGAUGCAGAUGAAGCGUCGUCGACAGCUUGCACUAAAGGCUACUUCGACAGCAAGUGCAAGGCCUUCAUCUGAGACGGGUGAUUCUCAGAAGUCGCCCAAGACACCAUUGGCAAUAUACAGGCCACCCGAGAAUCUGCACCAGGAAAACAAGAAUGUUCUGACACCGGAUACCAACUACAACCGACAGCCCUUCUGCAUGACAACCAGUGACAAACCGGUGGUGUACCCAAAGCCCAGACUCGUUGAUUCUGAGCUUCUCGACACUUCGACUGACUGUGAUCCAGUGGAACAUCCGAAGUCAAGACGAGACCAUACUGAGCUUGCACUAAGGGCUACUUCCACAGCAAGUGCAAGGCCUUCAUCUGAGACCGGUGAUUCCCAGAAGUCACCCAAGACACCAUUGGCAAUAUACAGGCCACCCGAGAAUCUGCACCAGGAAAACAAGAAUGUUCUGACACCGGAUACCAACUACAACCGACAGCCCUUCUGCAUGACAACCAGUGGCAAACCGGUGGUGUACCCAAAGCCCAGACUCGUUGAUUCUGAGCUUCUCGACACUUCGACUGACUGUGAUCCAGUGGGACAUCCGAAGUCAAGACGAGACCAUACUGAGCUUGCACUAGCGGAUGCUGCGACAGCAUGUGCAAUGCCUUCCUCUCGGGCUGGUCGUUCUCAGAAGUCAACCAAGCCAACCUUGGCAAUUUACAGGCCACCCGGUGCUAGGCUUGCUGAGUUGCUGCGCAAGCGAAGCGAGAAUGUUGGGACGUCGGAUACCGACCACAACCAGCGACAGCUCUUCAGCCCUACGAUUAGUAACAGCCAGGUGGUGUAUCCAAAGCCAGGAAAAGCCCAUUCCGAGGUUCCGAAUGCCAUGCGAGCUUCACUGGCACUGUGCUGUGCACCUGAUGAACCAGAGCCCAUUGGCAACUGCCCGCAGUCGCACAGUGGCCACAAGCAAGAGGAAGGCCGUCGUAAUGGCGACCUGAUUGAGCAGGCAAUGUCUGACCCUGCUUCACUCAACCCACAGCAGCUUGUGCAUCUUGCACGGGUCGUCUGUCACACGGCAGCUAAAACCGCCGAGCAUGCCGAACCAGCAGCCGAGUUUUGCUACAAGCUUGCUUUGGUGAGUGACCGCGUGUUCCUGGAGGGCCUGCUGAGUGGAUGCCGCGAGUUGUUCGCAAUGCGAGAGGAGCUGAUGGCCCCACUCAAGCCAUCGACGGACGUGGCAGUCCGCUGGAAGCCGUACGUCUCCUUUUUGGCCCAGCUUUUGGUGGCAUUCGUGUCAUCGGACGGCGACGGUGCCACUGCGGCCUGUGACACUGUCGAGACCAGAGAUGGCAAGAGGUCGGUUGUCAUCUCAAAAAAUACUGUGCGAUCCCUGGCAAUUCUGCUGGACUGCUGCUUCCGUGUCAUUCUGCGCCCACCAUCCCUGGACAGCUUUGACCAGAUGGAGUGCCUGAAGUCGGCAAUGACGGCUGCCGGCAAGGCCAUGGAGAAGGCCGAGCCAUACCUGAUGCAGGCUGUGAUGAGUCAACUGCAUGAUGCCUACGACAAGCCAGGGAUAUCUGAGCACUCACGCAAGGUCUUGUUGGAGCUGAUAGAGCUGCAUGCUUCAGGGUGGCAGUUCAAGUCCUCCACCCAGUAAAUGUACUGUAUAUCAUCCAGACAGAUCUGUCAUUGUGGAUUGUGCAGUUUAGCAAAUAAACCAGUGACAAGAGCAUGGACGCCACUAACACACUUGAGAUCUUCUUUGACACCACAGUCAUUCGUGUGAAGGAGGUACUGAAAAUGGGUUUCAAUUCAUUGUAAACACAUUAUUUUACUUAUUUUGCACAUUGUGCUGUCUCCAUCGCAGCUCAAUGUUUACGGUAUACUGUUUCCUUUGUGACCAAGGGCUAAAUCGUUACUUCCACUUGACAUGCCAACUUAAGGAGUGCAGUAUAGUUAUUAUUGACAAAUUGAGAGGUAUUUAUGUGCGGGGUGGGGAGGCAACACUGAGAACUGGAGGUCGAAAAUGUACAAUUCUAAACUGUAAUAUUACAUUUAUUUCAACAUGUCAUUGCAGCUUGAUGUUAAUUGCCCAUUCCUUGUUGUGGUUGUGGGCUGAAGAGUUAUCUCUAGUCGAGGCUGACACACUAAAGGGAGCAGUGUAGUUUGUCUUUUGAACCAAGAGUGAUUCAUGUGAAGGCAGUGCAGAGACCGAGAGGGUACAACACAGAUUUUGUUAUCAGCAUGUAAAUUUUAUUACAUAUUAACACAACACAGCUUGUUGUAACUUGAUGUCUAUAUCAUUUUUUGUUAUAGCUGAGUGCUGAAGCAUUGUGCGUGAUUACGCCUGGUUGAUAAAUGCUUAUGUAGGUACAAUGUUGUGAACAUGGUAUGGAAACCAAAAGUCAGCCAUCCAAAGGCAGCAUAUGAAACAGGAUUCCGGGUAUGGUUCCAUCUUAAACAUGUUAUUUUUAUGUGAAGUGUCCUGUAAAAAUCUUAUCCUCAGAACUUUCUCUGAGACAAUUGUUUAAAAUUGUUUGAGUAUUUUAUUUCCAUUGAAACAACCAUUUGGAUGUUAACAGCCCUGCAUAUUAAAAUUAGUAAUGUGCUAAAACAUAUCUGUUUCAUCAGAGGAGUUGGUCUCCUGGCCUGCACUGUAUUAGCUUGUGAUAAAAUGUUCUUAUGCAAGAGCUCAAGCAAAAAUCCUCACCUCAUUUUCAGUUUUAACUUCUAGCUAUUAUGUUUUUACUGUUUCCAUUGCUUCCAAAUGUAUUUGUUAGGCCAAGAAGAGCUGUCUUCAUUUUGUUUCAGUGAAUUAAAACCUUUUUUAUUACUAAAACUAAGAUUUUCUUAAUAAAUUGGCUUUGAAUGAAAUUGAUAUCAAACAGCUUUACAAAACAGCGAUAAAGAUCACAAUUAUGCAGCAUAGCACACAUGGGCAUAUACAUUAUCCAGUGAUCUUUUGCAGCACGAGGGUGUGCAAAAGAAGGCAUACUAUUUUCGUGUGUAAUAAAGUUUUUUUAUACC